AUGACACCCCAAAGAAAAAAGGCUGUUGGUACCGAGAGUCUUAUCGCGUUAACUCUGAGCAUCCUCCACGGCCUCGGUCAAGAUGCGACAAUCCUGACAAAAGAUCAAGCCGCGAUGGCCAUAAAAUGGAGCUGGGUGAAUCAGUUGUCGGCUCUUUUCGCUAUUGCGAUGGGGAAGCUAGCCAUUGUGGCCUUUCUGCAGCAUCUCCAUGGCCCCGAGGACCGCUGGAAAGUUGCGAUACUAUGGAUAGUGGCUUUCAGCAAUCUUGUGAUCAAUGUGAUUAUUAUAAUCAUAGUUUUGACUCAGUGCCAACCGUUAAGCAAGCUAUGGGAUGACAGACCUCAGAUUGCCAGUGAAGACUGGGCUCUGCAUAUUGAUGGGAUUGGGAGUGAUAAUACAAGCGCAUGCAUUUGUUCCAUUGUCAAAACAACCUACCUCCGCGUGCUCUCGAAGACCGAGAAUGUAACGUGUAAGUUACCCUACCACCAAUCCGUCGAAUCGAAUGGGCACUAUAUAUAUUCAUUUAUACUUCUGACAUCAAUAAUAGACUACUUGUCGCAGCUCAUUACAUGGAAUGAAACGGAGAUGUGGGUUAUCCUAAUUGUCGGAUGCAUUCCUCCAAUCCGUCCUCUCCUGAUGAUAAUGUUCCACAAAAUCCUGACCAGCGCACGAUCGGCAACUGGGCGAUAUAAUAAACAUAGCCGCGAUGGGACGGAAUUACAGUCAUAUUCCCGCCCGUCCAAACACACACCAAAAGCACCUAAGCCACAUCCCCACGGGACGGACCUGUUG